AAAUUUUUUAAAAUAUAACUAGUAAAUAGGAAAAUUUGAAAGUGUUUUAGAAGUAAUAAUCAUUGUAAUAAAAUAAAAUAAUGGGAAAUGAAUGUAAAUGCUAUUAAACAUAAGAAGAACAAACUUAAAUAAUGAUAACAAAGAGUGAGAGAACAAAUGAGUUACGAAAAUAAUUAAUUAGCGAAAGAAAACUCUUAAAUUAAAGGAGACAUAAUACUGAAACAAUAUAUUAGUCAACGAAUAAUUGUUACUAAAAAUCAUCAAAAUUUUCAUAAAGAAAUGAUGUCUAAGUUUACAAUAGUUACUUUUAAAGUAUAAAGUCUUAUAAAGAGUAUAAUUCACUUUAAAACCAUCAUCAGAAAUUUGAACUUAGUUAAUCGUUAUAACAAUAGAAUACAGAAAAGAAAAAAUCAGAUAGUAAUUUACGCUAUGAUGGAGAUUGGGUAACUCAAUAGAUUAUAAUAGUUAGGAGAGGUUAGAGAUGGUUUUGGUGAAUAAAUUUGGAAAGAUGGUGCUCGUUAUAUAGGAGAAUGGAGAAACAAUUAGGCAAAUGGUUAUGGUAUAUUCUAUCAUGUUGAUGGUGAUAUUUAUGAAGGGUUUUGGAAGGAAGAUAAAGCGUAAGGAUAUGGUGUAUAUAUGCAUAAAGAUGGAUCUAGAUAUGAAGGAGAUUGGGAUUAAGAUCUAUAUCAUGGAACUGGUUGUGAAACAUGGGCAGAUGGUAGUAUAUAUGAAGGAUAAUAUUCUAAAGGUAUGAAAAAUGGUUAAGGAAUUUAUAAAUGGGCUGAUGGUAGUAUAUAUGAUGGAUAAUGGGAAAAUAAUAAAAUGAAUGGGUUUGGUAAAUAUACAUGGUCAGAUGGAAGAUAUUAUGAAGGAUAUUGGAAAAAUGAUAUGAUGCAUGGAAAUGGAAUAUAGAUAUGGCCAGAUGGAAGAAAAUAUGAGGGUGAUUAUGAAUUUGAUAAAAAAAAUGGUUUUGGAAUUAUGGAGUGGGGAAACGGAAAAAAAUAUGAAGGUUAUUGGUUAAAUGGUAAACAACAUGGUGAAGGAAAAUUAAUAAGUCAAAAUCAAGAAAUUAUAGUCUGCUAAUGGAAAAAUGGUUAAAGACUAUGA